UCGCGAUUCCCGAAUUUCGCAAACUUUGUGUCAAGUGUGACAUAACGACAUAACCUCAAUUCGUGCUUUACAAAGUUUACGUUUUUGAGGAAAAAUAUGUCUAACAGCCACUUAUUUCUCAAGUCGGGCUUUAUUAGGACCCCUUCGCAGAAUGGGGUUGGGCGCUACGUGUGUCAGCUGCAACGCGUUGUGUUGAAGUUUUGCAAAAACAACGGCUCGAGCAGAGGAAUGAGAGAUUUUAUCGAGUCUGGGCUAGUUGAUUUUGCCAAAAACAAUCCAGGAAUUGUGGUUUAUCUGAAACCGAGACGACACAGGACUGCUGUAAUUUCAGCCGAAUAUUUGAAUGGCGAUAAGCAAUACAUCAACUGCAGAAACUUCGCGAAAGAAGAAAUAAUUAAAUGGUUGAAUUUGAUCAAAACACAGUCAGGGAAUACAACCGGUUUCAGAUACCGGAAACUGCUCCAUACGGACCACCCCUCCAUCCAAGGACCUUGGACCCCUUACACUUUCAAGGACCCAGCUGAGAAUUUGGCGAAAUUCCCUGACCAAGACCUGUCACGACCUAAACAUUUACCAAAGACCGCAACUGAGGAACUCCUCGAGUUGUUCCAGAGAAGCAGUUUAGGGAGUCCGGAGGGUAAACGAGCGGAGUAGUUGCAAAUAAGUAUGUAGAAAAAAAGUAAAUCCGUAUUUAUUACAAGGAAUAAUACAAAACUAUAAUGUACAAUUAUAUUUACACUGUAAUAAAUACUAAAACUAAAACUACUAAAAA